GCUAUGAUGAAAUCUCAACUCUCAGUGGAAACACUGGGUCGAGUUUGGGACUUAUCGGAUAUCGAUAACGAUGGUUGUUUGGAUCUACAGGAGUUCAUUUUAGCUAUGCAUCUUAUUCAUCGGUGUGUCGAAGGUGACAUGCUUCCUGAUAGCCUGCCGCAAAGUCUGGUUCCACCGGGCAAAGAGCGAUUUUUCUCACAUUUUACUUUCACUCCGGCCACUGCGGAUCCGUUCAACACGCACACAAUUCCAUCUACCAUGGCCUUGGUUCCGGUGCCCAAAUCCACCUGGUCCGAUCCCAUGGGACUGGGUGAUGCCAGUCAGUUCUCCCCAUUAGCACUAACUAGUCCGUUUGCGGUGGCAAUGCAUCUAACCACGGAACAAUUGGCCUCCAGUCCCUAUUCCCGCCCGUUACCCGCCGUGCUUCCCCCGGCACUGGUUCCACCCAGUUUGCGUCCAAUCCCACCGGAUCCGGCCAUUUUUGAGGAAUCUAACAAAUUGAUCGCGGAGAUUGAGACAAUCAAUCGAGAACGAGCAGAAGUUGAAGCGGCCUAUAGCACUCUAAACGUGGAAGCCCAAAGACGUGCGACAGAGACGGCCAGUGUUCAGCGCACAGUGGAUGCCCUGAUUCACACUGCUCGCAGCCUGGUCAAUCAGCGUAAUGAGGCCGAACGACGUCUGAACGAUUACGCGCACGAGCGAGACACUUUGGCAAGCAUUUUGCACGAAUUAAAAGGUCACGUGGCCUCGGAACGUCAGAAAGUGGAAGAGAUGCGUGGCCAAAUCAGUAGUCAACAAGUCUCUGCCAAGGCCGAUGUUGGAGGCCUGUCGACUGACGCAGUCAACGAAUACUUGAUUGCCUCCGGAUCCCAGUUCCUCUGA